GGCGCGGGGAGCGCGAUGGCGGCGGAGCGGCGCGACGGGGCCGGACCGGCGGCGGCCCGCGGGCCCGGCCGAAAGCGGCGGUGGAGACCCGUCCUGCUGCGCAACGUUGUCGGCAGCAUCCAGGAGGGACGAGGUUUUGCAUUUCGGAGGAAGCAAAAGAUUGAACGACAGUACAGGAAAUUAUUGAAAAAGAGAAGACAAGUGCAUUCACAACAGGAUGAUCAGUUUACUGAUACCUAUCCAGAGCACUUGAAACAUCUUUACCUUGCAGAGGAAGAAAAGCUUAAGAAGCGGCGCAGGACUGCAGAGGAUUCGGUGUCAUCAGAAGAAAAGCUUAAUAAAGCAGCAGAGUCAGUUGUCACUCAAGAGAAGUUUAAAAAUAAAACAUCCAAUCAGAAGGCAAAAGAAGAGUAUGAGAAAAUAAAGGCUGAGCAUGAUAGAAAGAAAGAGGAAGCAGAAAAAAGAAAACAACAAAGAGAAGAAGCUCAACGUUUAUACAAGAAAAAGAAAAUGGAAGCUUAUAAAAUACUGAGUAAGAAGACCAAGAAAGGACAGCCAAAUCUAAAUUUACAAGUAGAAUUUCUUCUUCAGAAAAUACAGCAAAAUACAUAGCCCCUGCAUAUAAUUUAAGUUAACUGUGGACAUUUUAUUAAUAUACUUUUAAUAAAUAAUGUCUUUUUGCUUCCAUAUUACUUUUGUUAUUGCCUUGAUUUAUCUCAUUUGUCUAGUGAUAUAUUCAUCCUGAAAAUAUGUAUUCUAUGCUGAGAGUGAAAGGGAUCUGGUACCUUGAAAACAAAUGGUUUGUAUUUCUAAACCUAAAUUCUAUUACCUGUGUGACAUCUUGAAUUCAGUAUAAUGGGCUGUAGCACCAUCUGACCAUGAAUCUAACACUUCCUGCUAUUGUGAUUAUUAAAAUCGCACUCACUUGGGAGGACUGAAGUGAUGCAUGUGACGUAUUUGAUGCCUCAAGAACUGCCUAUUCUAGGAGCAUGUUUUGUGUGCUCUUGGAUAGGUUUGACACAUGAAAGCAAAGUACCUAUACUGUAUUUGGAUGGCUAUUAUUGUUCUCCACAAAGAAUAAAACUUGCCAAAGGUCCAAAAGUGGUUUGGAUGUAAAGGUCUUGGUAAAAUAAUUGUUGGCCCCUUCAUAAAGCUGCUUUGUAACUUGUAACGUGUGAAUUGUUCUACUUUUUGUGCAUAACUUUGUCAUUAAAUUUGUUUUCUUCUA